GUCCAGCUGCCAUCCCCUGAGAGGCCAAACCUCUGCUGGGGGGGGGUUGGAUUAAAAAACAAAAAUCAGUCAAACCAGGCAACUUGGGUCGUUGGCUUUGGCACAAUUUGGAGUUAGCCUGAGCUUUCCAAAGCAGGUCCUUCCCUUCAGGAUACGGUUGGGUUGGUUUUCCUUUACACACCUGUUUUCUUCCCAGAUUUUUCCUGUUGUUUUCUUCCACCUCUUGCCUACCUGCAGCUGCUGCUUUAGCAACCAAUUCCCUGGAAGGCAGAUUGCUGGGAUCCAUCGCUCUUUUCCAAGGUGACAGCCAGGGGUAGCUCCAGAGGGCUCCAGGGCUGUUAACACCAACCACAGCACCUUUUCCUUCAGGAUUUCAGCUUUAUCUCAGGGGAGUCCCAAAGGAAAACAGGGAGAAGGUGGGGGAAGUGCUGACCCUUGUUGUGGCUCUUCCACUUGGAGCAGCCAGUCUGUGCAGCAGAAUUCCCUUGGGAAUCCCUCUGAUUCAGAGCAGAGGAAUUAUCUCUGCUGUCUGAUGAGCCUUGGGAAAGCUGCAGGGCCUGAGUUUUAAAGGAAAAGGGGGUGAAUUACACCCUGGAGGCUGCAGCUCCCCCAUUCCCCCACCACCACAGGCUGCCCAGCCCACGGCACAUUCCCUGCUCCCAGCUCUGGAAUCAGCCCUUGCUGAGCAGUGUGGGGGACAGGGUGGUCCCCCCCAGUGUCACCUCCCUGUCCCCCAGCGGGUGGGUGGCUUUGGGCAUCAGAGGAGCCAUGGGCAGCUCAGCCUUUCCCAGCAGCUGGAGCAGGGGGUUGCUGAUAAAAGUUUGGGAUAAGGUGGGUGGGGCACUGCUGGUUUUGGGAGAUGUGGCUCAGUGCUGGUGACGGGGCAGCCCCUGGAGUGGGAAGCAGGGAAGGCUUGGAAGGCAGAACCGAGUGGAUCUGACAGGAAUUUUGGCAGGGUGAUCUGGACAGGGAUCCUGGGGGUUCCCAGGGGGCACCCCCUGGGUGUUGUCAGGGAUUUUGGAGUGGGAGCUGAGUAUUCUGUCACUGAGCAUUAUUUCACUUAGACUGGGAGUGCUGGGGAAGGGUUUUGUGGGAUUCCCAUUGGACACUUCCCUGUGAGCUGUGCAGGAUUUUGUGGGAUUCCCAUUGGACACUUCCCAGUGAAUUUUGUGGGAUUUCCAUUGGUCACUUCCCAAUGAGCUGUGCAGGGUUUUGUGGGAUUCCUGUAGGACACUUCCCAAUGAGCUGUGCAGGGUUUUGUAGGAUUCCUGUUGGACACUUCCCUUCCAUUGCCUGGAGGUGAGGCAGCAGCUCCUGGAGCACCCCUCUCCAGCUUUCCCUUCUCCCGUGCUCUCUGCAGGCAGGGCUGAGCCUCUCCCAGGGGAUCUUUGCCAAGGCUUUCCCUGGAUCUUGCUGUCUUCCCUCGGCCGUUCCAGCUCCAGAGGAAAACAGCAACUUCCCAGGAAGCUUUCAAAUUGUCUUAGGAUCAGACGUCACCUAAUCCCACGGGGCUGUUUAGCAUUCUGUGAGCAGACCGCUGGCUUUCCACGCUUUUCAGUCACAUGCCUCCACUUUCCCCUCUUUUUUUUUUUUCUUUUUCUUUUCAUUUUUGGUUGGUUUUGGUUUUUUUUUUUCCCUUUGAUCCCUUUUUUUUUCCACGCCCACCGCUUUGCGAAAAGCGCGAGAUGUUUGGAGCGAGCUUCUCUCCCCCCAGUCCGAGGAGUGGGGCCAAAUUGCCUUUUGUCUGUGAGUAUUUCUUUGUCCUUUCAGGGCCUCCUGUGAGCGGUGAGCCCGUGUGUGGUACCCGGGCACACGGAGCGUGCCCGGGGCUGCCCGUGCAUGUUCGGGCCUGUUGUGCUGACCCAGGCUGGGAUCUCACCCAAGCCAGCCAGGUUUUAGUCGGGAUAUUUGGGAUGGGAAUUGCGGGACCCCCGAGCCUGGCACCCCCCUGUUCCCAGCGUGGGGGGGUCAGCAGGGCCCUGCCCAUCACAGAGGGGGAUUUGCUUUGCUGGCAGUUUGUCCCCCCACCCUCUUCUCCUGCUCUGGCAUCACUGAUUCCCCCUCCCCAAAAUCCUUUUGUUGGACUUUGUGCUUUGUGGUUUGGGGGCUCAGAUCCAGCCCCCUGCUCCUUGGGGCUGGUGGAGCUGCAGCUUCCCCGUGUCCCAGCCCUGGAAAAGGGCUGGAUGUUCAUUGGCCUGGCCCUGGAGAAGGUGGCCAAGGAGUGGGAUUUUUGUCCCCCCUUGUCCCUAGGGCUGGUGGAGCUGCACUGUCCCAGCCCUGGAAACAGUGGCCAAGGGCUGGGUGUUGGUUGCCUCAGCCCCAGAGGUGGUGGCCAAGGGCUGGAAGUUGUCCUUAUGUCCUUGUGGCGCCCACACGUGUGGCUGUCACACUUCCAGGUCCCCUCUUCCCUUUGAAGCAGUUCCCGAGGGGGUGAGGAGCAGCGAUGGGGCUCUGGGUGCUAAUUACCCCCUCAAUUAACACCCCCGAGGGGGUGAGGAGCAGCGAUGGGGCUCUGGGUGCUAAUUACCCCCUCAAUUAACGCCCCCUCUCCUUGCCGGGCUUCCCCUGCCACAGCCCCCAGCCGAGAUCCCCCCUCCCCUCUUUUGGGGACAACUUCGGAGCAGAAUUCCCUGCCCCGAACCCCACCACGGCAAACCAAAAAAAACCAAUCCAGAAACGCCCCCAAAUUCCCCCUUUUUCCUCCUUUCCCCCCCCAAAUCCAGCGCCUCGGAGCUGGGCUUGUCUCUGACCCCUCCUCUCCGAGCUCCCGCCCGUCCCUUCCCCUCCCCGGCUGCCACCUGGAGCUUGGACAACCGGGAUUGAGGGGACCCACGGGCCCCGGGGGAGCCCCCCCGACCCGAGGGAGCCCCCAAAUCCAGGGAAAGCCCCCACCUCCCCGCAGCCUGGGUUUUUUUGCAUGUUCUAGCAAGGUGCAUGUCCAAGGAGGGGAGUCGGCAAUGGGGCGGGUGGUGGGUUGAGUUCAAGCUUAAUUUUCUUUUUGGGAUUGGGAGAACCCCUCUGGCUGCCUCUGGCACAGAUCCCACCUGGCCAGGGGAGCUGGCAGGGAUGCAGAUCCCACCAAACCUCGGCCAGGGAGGACCUGAAGCCCUCCAGGGGUGCAGUGAUGGUGAUUUUAGGGUUCUCGAUGCUGAAGGAUCAUACGCCCGUUGCCUGGAGACUGCCUCCUUUUUAAUUUUUAUUUUUAUUUCUUGCUUUCUUUUUUUUUUUUUUUUUUUUUUAGUUCUGUUGAAAGGAGAAAAAAAUGGUGAAAAUGUUAUUUAUUGGCAGAAAUUAUUUAAUAUAAUUUCUUUUUUUUUUUUUUUUGUGAAACAAGGAAUGAAUUUGUUAGAACUGUCUCGAUGUAAAUCGGAGUCAUCUUUAAGGAGGAAAAAAAAAAAGAAAAAAAAAUUUAAAAAUUGACACAGUCACUGCGCUCCACUGUGAUUUUUUGGGUGGCUGAGGGGGGUUCAUGUGCUGCCAGAAGGGAGGAUUUGGGGGGUUUUAGAGCCUCUCCAGGGCUGGGACAGCCGUCUCCCAGCCCCCAGCACAGGGAGAGGCGGCUCCCGGCUGCGUUUGGAGAUUUGGAGAGCUCUCAGCUCCUGCUCCUCGUCCUUCCCUGGGUAAAUAACGCCGUGCCAGCAGGGACAGGACGGGAUGUGCCAGCUCUUGUUCCACCCCAGCUCCUUCCUUGUCCCUUCUGGGGGUGUUGCCUCCACAGAGAGGAUUCAGGGAGCAGCCCUGGGGUCGGGAUCCCUCUGGGUGGAUCCUGGCGGUUGCAGUUCCACAGUUCUUGCCCAGGGAUCCCCUCCUGCAUCAUUGCCAGGAAGCUGCUGUGGCUCCCACUCUGCCUUCCACACCUGGGAUCCAUCCCCUCUUCCCGAGUGGCAGCCGAAUAUUCAGGAUGAGCUCUGGAGGACUCCAGGCCAUCAUCCCAAUCAUUCAUCCCAAUUCCUUUGGGAAUUCAGCGCCCUCCUCGAGCUCAGCUCACCACGUGCUCCCUGUUCCGCUCCUCCCCGCGCCAUUCCCGCUCCCAGCCCCGGAUGCAUCCAGGGCACUCCCGGGCCGGGACGCUCCGGCUCUCCCACCCUUUUCCUGGGUGUUCCCACCCAAACCGGGGACCCCCCCCAAGCCCCGGCACCGCUCGCAGACCCCGCGCUCGGCACCGGGAGGCUCCUGGAUCAUCCCUGCCCAGGGGAGCAUCCCUGGGAGCAUCCCCGGGGCCGGCCGCACAUUCCCGGCUGGCAUAGCCGCUGAGCAAACAGGAAACACUCGCCCUUUGUUAAUCCCGGCUCGGGCUGCGCGUUAAAUAUUUAUCUGCGAGCGGAGGCUGGUGCUGGGAGCCGCGGGGAGGGAGGGACCGAGGCAGGGCCGGCGCUGGAGGCUCCUCGCCGGGCAAAGGGAAGGUGCGUGCGGAGCAGGAGGGCACGGGCAGCUCCCGGGCACCAUCCCUCCCCCCGGCCAUGGCGGGCCGGCUCCUGCCCCCCGACACCAGCCCGGCCCUGGGUGUGGAGGACGUUCCCCAUCUCCUCCCAGCUCUGCAGGUGUCCCCGCAGCACACGGUGACACGGGUGCCCGUCAUCCGCCACCGCGGCUCCAACACCCUCAACUUCCACUUCCAUGAGCCGGAGAGCCGCGGCGCUGCCGAGAACAGCCAGGGAGCUCCCAAGAGCUCAGUGAAUGAGUGGUACCAGACCUGGCCAGCCAAGGAGGCCAAAGCCCCCAGCACGCAGGUGCCCGCCCAGCCCACCCCCAGCCCCAGGGCUGCCCCCGCCUGCCCACGGCCCCCGGGCUGGUCGGCAACCUGGACCAAGGACAGCAAGCGGCGGGAGAGGCGCUGGGUGAAGUACGAUGGCAUCGGGCCCGUGGACGAGACGGGGAUGCCCCUGGCCUCACGCUCGAGCGUCGACAGCCCCCGGGACUGGUACCGCAGCAUGUUCCGGCAGAUCCACAGCAAGCUGCCAGAGCCCGACUGGGACACCCAUUCCUGCCCCACCACGGCGCCUCCAUCGCCCCCCAAGCCGCGGAGGAGGGGCUCGGCCCCAGCUGAGCCCCCUGGAAUGCCCAACGGGAUGGACUGGACCCGCUGGGGUGCCACCGGUGCCACCGCCGAGCCUGGCAGCAUUUUUGACUACGAACCAGGGAAGUUCUCUCCGCGGGAGCAGAGCCCGGCAGCAGCGAGGCCCAAGCGGGCUCAGUCCAUAGAGGUGCUGCUGGAGCAGGAGCUGGAGCAGCUCAGCGAGGAGCUGGACAAGGACAUGAGAGACAUGGAGACGCGCCGGACCCCCCGCCAGAGCCCGGCGGCUGCUCCCACCGCUCGCUCCCCUGCUCCGGCCUCCCCGGCUGCUCGGGUCAGAGCAGGGAGGGUUCAUGGCAGCAGGGCUGGAUACGAGGCUCAGCCCUGCCCUGAGCCACUGUCACCCCUCAGGAGUCCCCUGUCACCCCAGCGGCUGUGGAGCCCCCCUGCCACCCACCACUCACCUGUCACCCACAGCAUGGAGCGGGGUGGCCUGGGGCUGGCCAGUGACCGGAGUCCUGGCAGAGACACCCUCAGGCCAGGGACCCUCCCCAGCUUGUCGGACCUGGGGGACACCGUGGAGGCCGUCAAGAGGGAAGAGAAGAAGAUGAAAGCUGCUCGCCUCAAGUUCAACUUCCAGGCUGAGUCUCCCAAGGAGCUGACGCUGCAGAAGGGGGACAUCGUCUACAUCCAUAAGGAGGUGGACAGGAACUGGCUGGAGGGGGAGCACCACGGCCGCGUGGGCAUCUUCCCCUCCAAUUACGUGGAGAUCCUGCCCCCCACGGAGGUGCCCAAGCCCAUCAAGGCUCCCACGCUCCAGGUGCUGGAAUACGGUGAGGCGCUGGCGCUCUACAACUUCCGAGGGGAUCUGCACGUGGAGCUCUCCUUUCGCAAGGGCGAGCGGAUCUGCCUGGUGCGGCGGGUGAACGAGAACUGGUACGAGGGGCGGAUCUCGGGCACCAGCCGCCAGGGCAUCUUCCCCGCCACCUACGUGCAGGUGCUGAAGGAGCCGCGGGUCAAAACCACCGCCGAGGACAUCCCUUCCUCUCCCGCCCCCGCCAGCCCCCGGCCCGCGGCCGGAUCGCCGUCCCUGCAGCGCUCGCCCGGCCCCCGCAUGCCCCAGGCUCCCGCCGGCUCCCCCCGGGAAGCCAAGCGGGGUCCCGGGGUGGCGGACGGGCGCCCAUCCUCUCCACGCCACCUCGGUGCCACCUUUCCCCCCUCCCCAAAGCUGCCCCACGCUGGCACCCCCAGCCCCUUGGUGGCCUCUACCAGCCCCCCACACCCUGCGGCCGCCCACCCCCAGGAGCCCCGGCGUUCUGCCUGGACCCCCGAGCAGCGCCCGACCCCGGCGGCACAAACCAGCGCCCGGCCCGAGCCCGCCCCGUCCUACAACGGCUCCGAAAUCCGGUGGACUCCGUACCGGGCACUCUACCAGUACCGGCCCCAGAACGCCGACGAGCUGGAGCUGCUGGAAGGGGACCGCGUGGAUGUCAUGCAGCAGUGCGACGACGGCUGGUUCGUGGGAGUGUCCAGAAGGACGCAGAAAUUCGGCACUUUCCCCGGGAAUUACGUGGCGCCGGUGUGACCGGCGGCCGUGGGGACCUCGGGGGCUUCCCCCUGUCUCGCCGUGUCCCCGCCGUGUCCCCCCACGGGGAUGAAGCGCCUCCAGCUCCCUCCCGCCCCUAUGGGGCUGCUUCUAACAGGGACGAAUCCCCCCAGUGUGGGGUGUCUCCCCCGCCCCAGUGCCUUAACCCGCCCCCUCCUCACCGCUGCCCGGUGCCACCGCCCCGGGGGUCGCCCCGGGGGUCUGCCCGGUGCCGGGCCUGACCAUGACGGCAGUGCCCCGAGAUGUGGGUCCGUGUCCGGGAGUCGCCUUCGCUUCUUUUCCGUCAUUAAAGCUCAGCUCAGCCCGA